CGUCCUUGUUUGCACGAGUUACUGGAGGGGAGCAGGAUUCCUCUUCCUGACAAGCCUGCUCCACGGAAGAAGUCUCCUGAGUUGGAGGCAAGGCUUGCCAAGAUCAAGGCGCAGAUCGAAGAGCAGGAGUACGACAUGAUGACAAGAGACGUCCGGAGGGCAGAGUUGGACCAAGGGGAUCCCUCAGAUUUUAAAUCUGCCUCAGGCGCUAUAGGGGAGGGGCUCAAUGUGCUUGUCACCAAAGGCACCGCCUUUGCUACGGGAUAUUAUGCAUCAGUCGCGGCAUGGGGAACGGAUCCGUUCUGGAACACGAUCGCGGGGCUAGUGGGGCUGAUCAUCGGAUUUUUCAUCGAGACGACCCUGUUUGUUGCGAGGUCGUCAAGG